GCUCGCAGCUUCUCAGGGUCAGCGUCCGAGUGGGCAGCAAUGAUCCUCGAGGAGAGGCCAGAUGGCCAGGGCACUGGCGAGGACAGCUCUCGCCAGCAGGACGACGGCAGCAUCCGUAAGGGCCAUGACUCCUUCGUGCAAAACCAGCCUGGCCAGCUGCAGAGUUACAGGGCUCGGCUCCACCAGCAGAUCAGCAAGGAGCUGCGCAUGCGGACCGGUGCUGAAAACCUCUACAGAGCCACGAGCAACACCUGGGUCCGGGAGACGGUCGCCCUGGAGCUGAGCUACGUCAACUCCAACCUGCAACUGCUGAAAGAGGAGCUGGCAGAGCUGAGCUGCAAUGCGGAUGUGGACCAGCCAGAGGGUGAGAGUGUUACUAUUCCCAUGAUCCCCCUGGGCCUGAAGGAAACCAAGGAGUUGGACUGGGCCACGCCGCUGAAGGAGCUGAUCUCUGAGCACUUUGGAGAGGACGGUGCCUCCUAUGAGACAGAGAUCCAGGAACUAGAAGACCUGCGGCAGGCCACGAGGACUCCCAGCAGGGACGAGGUGGGCCUGGAUCUGCUUGCAGCCUACUAUAGCCAGCUCUGCUUCCUGGACGCACGUUUCUUCAGCCCCGCCAGGAGCCCAGGGCUGCUCUUUCACUGGUACGACUCGCUCACGGGGGUCCCGGCACAGCAGCGGGCUCUGGCCUUCGAGAAGGGCAGUGUACUGUUUAACAUUGGGGCACUCCACACGCAGAUCGGAGCACGGCAGGAUUGCUCCUGCACCGAGGGCACCAGCCAGGCCGCCGAGGCUUUCCAGAGGGCCGCCGGGGCCUUCAGACUCCUGAGAGAGAACUUCUCCCAUGCACCAAGCCCGGACAUGAGCGCCGCCUCUCUCUCCAUGCUGGAGCAGCUCAUGGUUGCUCAGGCCCAGGAAUGCAUCUUCAGGGGCCUCUUGCUGAGGGCCUCCGCCACACCUGACAUCUGUCCAGAUCAACUGCAGCUGGCUCAGGAAGCUACCCAGGUGGCAACCGAGUACGGGCUUGUGCACCGGGCCAUGGCCCAGCCCCCCGUCCGAGACUACCUGCCUGCCUCCUGGACUAACCUGGCACGUGUCAAGGCUGAGCACUUCUGCGCCCUGGCCCACUAUCACGCAGCCAUGGCCCUCUGCGAAAGCUCCUCAGCCAAGGGUGAACUCUCAAGGCAGGAGGACAUCUUCCAGCCCUCAGCUACCUGUGAGCCCCAAGGUCCCACACUGCCGCAGCACCCAGAAGAGCGCAGGAAGCUUGCCAAGGCCCACCUGAAGCGUGCCAUCCUGGGCCAGGAGGAGGCGCUGCGGCUUCACACCUUGUGCAGAGUCCCGCGCAAGGUGGACCUGCUACAGGUUGUGGUGACUCAGGCACUGAGGCGCUCCCUGACCAAGUACUCAGAGCUCGAGCGUGAGGAUGACUUCUUCGAGGCUAUGGAGGCCCCCGACAUCCAACCCAAGACUCAUCAGGCCCCAGAGGUGAGCAUACCUAGCCUGUCGCAGGUGAAGGUGACUGACUUCUUCCACAGGCUGGGACCCCUAUCCGUGUUCUCAACCAAGAAUCGAUGGCAGUUGGUCGGGCCGGUGCACAUGACUCGAGGAGAGGGAGGUUUCGGGUUCACGCUGCGGGGAGACUCGCCAGUCCUCAUCGCUGCCGUUGUCCCUGGGGGUCAGGCUGAGUCUGCUGGCCUGAAGGAGGGUGACUACAUCGUGUCUGUGAAUGGGCAGCCUUGCAAGUGGUGGAAACACGUAGACGUGGUCACGCAGCUGAGGAGCAUGGGCGAGGAAGGCGUGAGCCUGCAAGUCGUGUCCUUGCUGCCCGGCCCCGAACCACGUGGCACGGGACCCCGACGGCCAGCACUGCUGUGGAACCAGAGAGAAUGUGGUUUUGAGACUCCGACGCCUGCACACACCCGACCCUGGCCCAUCCUCGGCUGGAGCCGCAAGAAUAAACAAAGCAAGAGUGGGAGCCACCCUGACCCCUGCACCAACAGGAACUGUGUCACCUGCCCCUGAGCUGGACACCCCGUACCCCUGUGUGCCCAGGGUGGCCGUGGGGGCCAUACUCCUGUGUACACCAUCCUGUAGCCAGCCCCAGCUAGCCAGCUGUGCCUAGCGCAUUGCCCUCUACUCUGGGGGACCAUCAGGCUGCCCCUGCCUGGCUUAGAGAUGUCUAUUAAAAACGCUGGUCAGAUGAGGCGAGUCUGAGUCAGCUACCAGAGCCGUGGCCACUUUACCCCACCAGAGAUCUUCUCAGUGUAGUCCAGAUGCAGUGCUCACACUAUCCUCCUGCAGCAGGCCUCUGGGCCCCUGCCAUGCCCCAUCUACUCUGCGGCUGCCUGACUAUCCUCACAUCCAGUUGCUCUGGGCACGUACCCUUAUGGUCCUAUCCUGACUGCGCCUGGUUCAUAGUAGCCCUUCUGGUCACCACCCUCCCUUGCUGGUUAGUCAGUUUCUCUGUGUGUAAGAUCCCAGCAAAGACAUUUUCUCUCCAGUCCCCUUAUACUCCCCCCAACUUUCAAGCCCCCCUGUCUCCCAUUCCACCUGCACCCAUGCAGGUCCUGGCAAGUUCCUCAGAAAGGUGAGCCCUGGACUCCAGAGGGACAGGAUGGGGGCACCACGUGAGAAGCAGUCCUAAACUGUGCAUGGCUGAAGCCAUGGAGAUGCUCUCCCUCAAAGGCCCUGGAGGUUCAGCAUGGAAACAGAAAGGCUGUAUGUAUCUCUCUGUGGUAGAGAAUGCAAGAAACUCCGGGCUCAGUCCCUGGAACUAGAAAAAACAGAAACAGAAAAAUUAGAUGGGGAGAUUGCUCUCUGUGACCACCAGGGGGCAGUGUCACUCAUUCAUGCAGCCCUAGGAGGCUGCAGUUCCUCCAACCCCCACGAAUCUGAGAAUCCGAGGACAGCCCAGGAAAGAGAAGCGUCCAGCUCGGUACUCAGCAACCCACCCACACUCUCUCAUCCUCCAGCUUCUGCCCAGGGGCUCCCAGGUGAGAGCACCUAGAGUCUGUGCUCCAGGUUGGCCUACACAGUCCAGGGCCCUGCCGCCCAUCACCCUGUGCAGACAUCUGUGUCAAGGUCCAGCGGGUAAAUGUAGUGUUUAAGCACGUGAGUCCGGAAGAUCCAGGUACAGCUUUCUUCUGACGUAGGAGAGGCUCCCAGGGGAUCCAGGAGUGUCCCUUAUCACUCACCUGGGACAAUCUCCAACUCAGCAGAAUGACCAAGGCCACUCAGGCUCAACACUUGCUAAUUUUAUUAAUAAAACUGUACGUCAAGGAA